UUCUCUCUCUCUUUCUGUCUUCUGGGUUCUGCGUGUUCGCCGUCCACGGAGCCACUUUCAGAAACACGGAGCGUGAAUUUCACUCAGCUUUUUUCACUUAUUAUUUUGUUUUUGCACUUAACGGAAAACGGGCCCCUGAAGGGCCGCGCCAGAUGCGCGCAGAGCAGGUGUCCCUGAAGGCGCCAUGGACCGAACCGGAGCGGGGUGGGGGGUCCGCUCCCAGCAGAUAACUGGAAGCGCUUUCUGUGGUGACUGAAGAUCAGCCCAUAUUCGAGCCGAACUUCUCGGCGGCGCCCGCCAUGCACAUGAAGAGCGAGAUGACGUCACCUGGCGGCUUCAGCCAGGCCUCCAAGCCGAGCCCCGAGCCCGCCGAGUCGGAGUGGGCGGCGCAGAACCCCGGCAAGAGAUCCGAGCACGUCAACGGGACCAGCCGCGGGUCUCCGGUGGACUGCAGCGUCACCAAACGGUCCCGCCACAUGAGCAGCGACGGGGCGCCGCUGCCGUACCAGGCGUCGUACCCGGAGCCGCGGGUCAGCCCGCAGACCGGCACCCCGCCCAGCAGCAACCCCACCGAGGAGAAGAGGGUCAUCGUCCCGGCAGACCCUGAGGUUUGGACCCAGGACCACGUGCGGCAGUGGUUGGACUGGGCCAUCAAGGAGUAUGUCCUGGAAGAGGUGGACGUCUCGCUCUUCCAGGCGCUGGACGGCAAGGCGCUGUGCAAGAUGACCAAAGACGACAUGAUGCGGCUGACGUCGGCCUACAACGCAGACAUCCUGCUGUCUCACCUCAAUUACCUCCGGCAGAGUAGCCCCACGUUCUCGUACUCCACAACGCCCACCAACAACACGCCUCCACCGCAGCCUCCACAGCCCAGGCUGCAAGUGAAAGCAGAGAGCAGUUUUGAUGAGAUCAGCCGCAGGAACAGCUGGCCGACCAACACCAUGACGCCCGCGGUGCCCAAAGGUUCUCCGAUCGACCACAACAGCAGGGUGACGGAUCCAACGGCCAGAAUCAUCCAAGACCCGUAUCAGACGUUGGGGCCGAUCAGCAGCCGGCUGGCCAAUCCAGAAGGCCAAGUCCUGAGCUCAACCAAGAACCGAACAGGCAAACAAAGUCCGUACAAGCUGCCUGACCCCAGCGCUCACAGGCCUGUGGGCUCCGGUCAGAUCCAGCUGUGGCAGUUCCUGCUGGAGCUGCUGUCCGACAGCAACAACGCCGCCAUCAUCACCUGGGAGGGCACCAACGGCGAGUUCAAGAUGACCGACCCGGACGAGGUGGCCAAGCGCUGGGGCGAGCGCAAGAGCAAGCCCAACAUGAACUACGACAAGCUGAGCCGCGCCCUGCGCUACUACUACGACAAGAACAUCAUGACCAAGGUCCACGGCAAGCGCUACGCAUACAAGUUCGACUUCCAGGGAAUCUCGCAGGCGCACCAGAACCACGGGGCGGACGGUGGCCUCGUCAAGUACCAGACUGAGAUGUCUUACGUCCAGCAGUACCACAGCCACCAGCCCAAAAUGAACUUCAUGGGCGGACAUCCCGCUCCCAUGUCCGUCUCCCCCGGGAACUUUUUCGGCUCCCCGUCGCCGUACUGGAACUCGGCCAGCAGCCCCAUCUACCCCGGGUCGGCCAUGACCCGACACCCGGCCGCGCACUCCCACCUCAGCUCGUACUACUGAUGACGGACGGGACGAUCCGGAGGGGAACCCGAGUGCUGAACCUGAGCUGACCCGUCUCAACCAGAACCAGUGACGGUCCAUUUUCCUACGAGGCAUUGUCACACUUCCCCGCUCAGAACCAGAACCACGGGUUGGACUCAACAGUGUAUGCAUUCAGUUAACAUUUCCAUUCAGUUUGUAAGUAGUUUUGUUUGAUAGCACCUGUUAUUAACUGUUUAAUGAUUGUUUAUCCAUUU